AAAAUGAAGCCAAUCAAAACAGUGUAUCUUACUGAAACCAAUAAAUGUUCCUUUCAGUAACAGAGCUAGUUAACAUAUUAAGUAUAAGCAAUUUAAAAUAUAAGUCAAAUGGAUUAUGAUGACGAGCAAGAUACAUUUUUGCGAGGCGCAUUCAAGUCUUUCGUCUGUGUAGUUCUGUCAUUACUCCUUGGUUUUCAAGUCUACUCAUAUUUAUUAACUCCCCACGAAAUUGUUAAUGGAGAUUUUUCAGAUAUUAAGCAUAUUAUUAAUCAACUGUCGCAUGGUCUUUCUGAGAUAAAUCGCAAGCACGAACAAUUGCAAUUUGAAAUGGAUCAUAUAGCAUCAGCCCUACCUGCUGUGGCGGCUGCGGCAGAUCGUGCCAAAGAUGCGCUGGGACCUCCUCAACACCAACCAAAACGCGCCCUAGACCUGAACAAUUACGACAGACAGGUCGUAGACUACGCUUUGGAGACUGCGGGAGGUAGAGUGAUAGACACCGGAGACACUAUCGAGCAUUUUAUAUACGAGUCCCCAAUAAGCUGGGCACUUUACGCGCUCAGUGCCUUCAUGUGUCGGGAAUGCCUGGGCGCUACCACCGUCAUCCGACCCGGCGCUCUGCCUGGAGAAUGUUGGGCGUUCAAAGGACCCAGCGGCGAAGUCACCAUUCGGCUACUGGGAAAUGUUCGUGUAACCGGAGUUAGCUUAGAACAUAUAUCGCCUCAAAUAUCCCCAACAAAAGAAAUCUCGUCAGCACCACGUCUCUUUCAAAUGGAAGGUCUGGAGUAUCGUCGCGACGUGUACCCGCACGAUUUUGGCACAUUUGAGUACAAUAAAGACGGCAAACCGAUACAGUACUUUGACGUGAAACAUCCGUCCAACAAAGGAUUCGACUUGGUUCGAAUUAAAGUUAUUUCCAACUGGGGCCAUUCGGUGUACACUUGUGUGUAUCGGGUGCGGGUACACGGAGAACUUGUUCAGAAACAACCUCUGAAAACAUUCAAGGAAGAAGACUAUCUUCAAAUUGACAAGGAAUAACAACUCGUAUAUCAUUUACCAGUGGGAGGCUCCUUUGCACCGGGCGCCGGCUAGAUUAUGGAUACCACAACGGCGCCUAUUUCUGCCGCGAAGCAGUAAUCUGUAUGCAUUAUUGUGUUUCGGUCUGAAGGGCGCCAUAGCUAGCGAAAUUACUGGGCAAUGGGACUUGACAUCUUAUGUCUCAAGGUGACGAGCGCAGUUG